CACAGCAAGCGCUCGACAGGAGAGCAUCUCCCUCACGGAGUCGGCUCUCGGUUAAUGCACGAUGGUAGGGAAGAGCGGCCCGCCUUCCCCGAUGGCUGAGUGAGUGAGGAUGCGACUCCCCAGCUCCAUAUUUGUUUCGGUGUCUCUGUUCACGGCUGAGACCACGGCAGCCCUCUACCUCAGCUCUACAUACCGCUCCGACGGCGACCAGAUCUGGCAAGGGCUCACCCUCCUCUUCACCCUAGUAACGUCGGUGCUCGUGCAGCUGACGCUCACCUUCAUUCACCGGGACCUUAGCAGGGACCGACCGCUUGUUCUGCUGCUUCACAUCCUGCAGCUCGGACCCAUCGUGAGGUGUCUGGAGGCGUUCUGUAUCUACGGCAGUGUGGGCCGGGUAGAGGAGCCGUAUGUCAGCAUCACGCGGAAACGCCAGAUGCCCAGGGGGGGCCAGUCUGAGGAGGUGGAGAGACAGGUGGGGCAGGCAGAGGGCAAGCUGUUCACCCACCGUGCCGCCUUCGCCCGCACCUCUGUCAUCCAGGCCUUCCUGGGCUCCGCCCCCCAGCUCACCCUGCAGCUCUACAUUUGUGUCCUGCAACAGGGGGUGUCCAUUGGCAGAGGCACCCUCAUGGUGAUCUCCCUGCUGUCCAUCGUAUAUGGUGCCCUGCGCUGCAACAUUCUGGCCAUCAAGAUCAAGUAUGACGACUAUGAGGUGGACGUGCGUCCCGCCGCCUACCUCUGCAUAUUCCUGUGGCGCAGCUUCGAGAUCGCCACGCGCGUCACCGUCCUGGUCCUCUUCAGCUCCGUACUGCAGCUCUGGAUCCUCCCUGUGGUUCUGCUCAACUUCUUCCUCUUCUUCCUCUACCCGUGGGUGCUGUUUUGGCAGAGCCACUCGCCCUUCCCGGAGAACAUCGAGAAGACGCUAACCCGGGUGGGCACCACCAUCGUCCUCUGUCUCCUCACGUUCCUCUACGCAGGCAUCAACAUGUUCUGCUGGUCGGCGGUGCAGCUGAAGCUCAACGACCCAGACCUGAUCAACAAGUCCCAGAACUGGUACCGCAUGGCUGUGUACUACAUGCUGAGGUUCGUGGAGAACGCCUCUCUGCUUCUGCUGUGGUACAUCUACAAGACAGACUUCUAUAGGUUCAUCUGUGCUCCGUUGUUAGUGCUGCAGCUGCUGGUGGCCUACGCUAUGGCCAUCUUCUUCAUGCUGGUGUUCUAUCAGUUCUGCCACCCCUGUAGGAAGCUCUUCUCCUCCAAUAUGACCCAAGGCCUGUGGGACUGCUCCGCCCUGCUCUGUUUAGUCUGCUACGCUCCUGACAGGGACGCCGUCAGGCCAAUAGAGAAGACUGGUCUGGACCCUCUGGCACCCGACCCCACCCCCCACACGGAGACAGCCAAUGACACGUCAUAUGAUGUGGCCAAUGACACGGCAUACACCAUGCCCAAUGACACAAUGACCUAUGACAUGCCCAAUGACACGACUCAUGAAGUGUUGAGCGAGAUGAACGGCGACGUAAGCCACAGUCUGUCCAGCAACACUUAAAGAGCUGUGAUUGGUUGUGUGUAGGGUAGGACUGCACGAUAUGGGCAAAACCUCAAAUUGUGAUUUUUGGACCAAAUAUUGUGAUUGUGAUUUGACUUGCGAUAUAGAUACAAAACCUUUGGCUGAACUGUUGGAAUUGUUGAAAUAGAAUGACUUAUAUUAAGAAACAAAGUGGAAAGUAGCGUUGGCCUUGUUUGGAACUGUUGACUGCAUUUGACCUAACAGAACAGCAUGCAAAUGUAUAGUGGGAAGCAGUCGCAAUAGUAGAGGGAGAGAGACGACAAACAGAGGCAACUAUAAAAACGGACAACACACACAGCUUAGUGCCGUUUCAAAAUAUUGCAUGCGAUAUGGAUCUCUUGCGAUAUGGCUUUUGCAAAUGUCAAUAAUGUGAUUUGAUGUGAACUCUAUUAAUUCUGCAGCCCUAGUAUAGGGUCAGGAGUGUUCCUAAACUUGUGACUGAACCAGGAAGAGGCUUUCCUGUUCAGGUCAUGUGGUCUGGAAAUACUCCUGGUCCUAGUUAUGUGCCAUUCAAAGGAAGGUGGACACAGAGCAACAUUUGCUGUACUGUCUCCUUCUGUAAGUGCCAUAUGAACCCCUCUGUCCUACCUGUCAGUUUACACUGAACGAGGGUUGCAAAAUUCUGGGAACUUUUCCAAAAUUCCCUGGUUUUCCAGGAAUUCUGGUUGGAGGAUUCCCCUAUUUCCGGUUUAUUCCCUCGUAAUUCCAGGAAUCUUCCAACCAGGAUUUCUGGAAAACCAGGGAAUUUUGGAAAAGUUACUUGAAUUUUGCAACUCUACUCUGAGCCGUAAUCUGAACUAUACACUGAACCAUACUCUGAACCAUACUGUGAACCAUACACUGAACCAUAAUCUUAAACAUACACUUAACCAUAAUCUGAACCAUAAUCUGAACCAUAAUCUGAACAAUACACUGAACCAGACACUGAACCAUAAUCUGAACCCUAUGAUCUUAACCAUAUACCCAUAACCUUAUUCUACUGUGUCUCUAACCAAAUCAUUUGAAUGCUAUCAUUCUGUUUAACCCUUAACCCCCGUUCUGUUACCAAACCCCAAAACUGUAACCCCUUACUCCCCUAACCAAUGCUGCAAAGGCAGUAUCCCCUUGCCAUGGAGAGAGACUACAGCUUCACUGUUAGUGUAUAAUAGAAGAACAGGCAAUGUAUGAAAUCAUCCGCCAGCCGGCUCUCUCUGAAUUUAGCCAGCGGAUGAGGCUAGGCAAUGUACAGUGAUGCUGACGAAGUAGUUUUUGUGAGAAUGUCCUUACGCAGUCCGUGAUGUUUAUUCUGCCUAAGCCAGUAUUACCGACCAACUACAGACAAAUCAUUGGAUGUAGGGAUUCUUCAGCAACGGACUCAACUACUGACAUAGUAUCAGUGUUUCAGUGUUGAACAGACUUUCCUACAACCAGAAUGUAACUUGUCUGCAGCCUUUUCUAUGGAAGUCAAGUCCUGGCGGUAUGGACAGAACGCUACACUCAGACAGAUUAAACUGGUCCGAAGUGAGUCUGCCACAAUAGCUUUUCUAAUGAGGUUUCCUAAUUUGGUUAUGCAUUUCAUAGAACUAAAUACUUGUCUAUACAGUCACUCACAUUAAUCAAUCAAUCAAAUGUAUUUAUAAUGCCCUUUUUACAUCAGCAGAUAUGCAGAAACCCAGCCUAAAACCCCAAACAGCAAGCUAUGCAGAUGUAGAAGCACGGUGGCAAGGGAAAAACUCCCUAAAAAGGCAGGA